AUGGCCGACCGAUUUCCCUCUCUCGAAGAAUUUGAUUCAGGCGCAGUACACCCCGAAGCUCAAGACCUUUCUACUUUUGAGACUGCCGACGUUGAUGACUUUCUUUCUCGGGAGAAAGCUAUACUCGGUGACGAUUCCCAUCAAUUUACAUUUGGCCAGGGUAACAUCGAGUUUCUUUCAGAUGGUCCGCCAGAAUUAUUGUACGAAGAAUCACAUCAGAAUGAAGAUGAAGCAGUCAUCAAGUUUGAGAGCAGCUUCCCAGACAUUGACAGCCGGAAUCAAAAUACGAUAUCAGCAGUAACUGAUUCAAACUAUCAACCUUCACAACAGCCUCAAUUUCUUGAAGAUGAACCUCUGCCCAUUAAGAAAUGGCGCGAGCGCCGCGACUUAGAGCUAGCCGAAAGAGUCGCAAUCUCGGAAGAGCGAAAGCAGGGCACUAUAAAAAUCGCUCAACAGAAUAUUGAUGAGUUCUAUGAAAACUACAAUGCAAAAAAAGAGAAGGGCAUAGCCCAAACCCGUCGUGAGGCUGAAGAAUUCCUUAACAACAGAGAAGAUACAAGUGCUGGUGGGACUAGCUGGGAACGUAUAGCAAAACUGGUAAAUCUAAGCGGCAAAGGAAUUGAGGGUGGUGCGAGUGGAUCUAACAAGGCUCGGUUCCGUGAUUUGCUGCUCAGCCUAAAAAAAGACGAAAAGGCUCCAGGUGCUUCAGGUUAUUGA